UUUCAUAACUACAUCGGUUCGAAGAAGAUACUUUUUUUUGCCGCCCAGUAAACGGCUGUAAAGUGAAACUAAAGGUAGCGUUUUAAUUGUUCUUCAAGAAAUGAUUAAAAUAAGAACGCUAAGUUACAACGGUUAUCUAAACCCAGAAACAUGAAUAUCUUCACACAAGUCCAACUGUCAGUCCAACCGCCGACAGAGACGCAUCCUGUCAUUGAGUGCAUACUGAGCAACAAUCUGAAAAAGCUCAAAAAGUUACUGAGGGACAACGAUAUGGAUGGGAUAUAUCCAUGCAGACAACUUAAAGAUUAUGUAACUCCUCUGAUUGCAGCAGCUUAUAAACAUAACAAGGAUAUUUUCUCUUAUCUGCUACGUCAAGGAGCAAAUCCAAAUAUAGCUUCCACCUCAGGCUUUACUGCUUUGCACUUUGUGUCGAAAUUUAAUGCACCUCUCUGUUUUGUGAAAGAACUAUUAGAUGUUGGUGCAAAUCCAAACGUGAGCCUCCCAACACCACUGGAGUUUGCUGCUGUCAACAACAGGGAGGAUGUUAUGAAAUGUCUCCUCUCAGCUGGUGCACAAGCAACUUUGUUGCUCAUCGACAGUAAUAACUUAAAAACGUUUGUUCAGAAGAUUUCUGACUUGGCCUCUCAAGGACACGAACUGUGCUCCCAAAUAAAGCCCUUUUGGGAUUUGGAGAUUUCACUCAAACAAAACUCUCCUGAAACAGUCAUAAAAGACUUUGAUCCCUUCAUGUUUUGGGAGGAUCCUACGACUCAUUUGACCAUGAUUGAAAUUCUUUUCACACUUUCUGGGCGAGAUCGGGAAAAAUAUAGCCAAGGAAGCAUCAAAUGGUUGAAAGAAACUAGAAAAUUGAAUGCCUACAUCACAAGUGCUGUCAGUCGUUUUGGAAAAAUCCCACAUUUACACAAAUGUAGGGCAACUUCUAGUUUGCAUGCAGUUUUCUGCACAAUGGAUGAGAUACCAAAUGAGGAAGCUUUGGCCAUUAUUCCUGAACUGCUUGAUGAACUUUGCACAAAAAGAAGAGCUGAUGGCAUGAUAGUUGGCCUGCAGAUGCAAGACAUACCUGUAAACUUUGAAACAGUCCUACAAACACUGUAUGUGGUAACGCAAAAAUCCAAAGGCAUCAGCUCUUGGGAUUUUUCGUUUUUGAAAAGUCUGAGUGAGAAGGUUGCCCCAUUUUUAAAAGAGCAUCACCCCUCCACAACCAGGGCUUAUGCCUAUGGCAUUUUUGCAAACUUGCUUUCAGUGGACAACCCUGCUCAGAUGUUUCACUCGGUUGGGAUUUCCUCCGUGCCUGAAAACAUACUGAUAUCUGCAGAUAUAACACUGAACGACAAACUGAAAGAAGCGCUGAGACGCCUGAAGAAUUUUCUUGAGCCAAACUCUGCAGAGUUGGCCAGUCCGGCUGUACACAAGAAAAAAAAGAAGAAAAAGAAAAGCAAGUCUAAAAAAUCAGAGAAGCAAGAGGACCCCAACGAUGAAACCAACGCGUCUUUAGCUAAUCAGGUAACAACAUCCCUGGUGCAAACAAGUUUGACUGGACCACCUGUCCAGGAAACGCAUGUCAAACCUUCCCAGGUCAAAAAAUGGCUGCCCAUCAGUAAGAGGUGGAAUGAAAAACUAAAACGGCUCGCAGAGGAGAGCAACGUCUGCAGGAUUGGGAGCAUCACUUACGUGAAUAAGGCUGAAUUCCGCAUCUCUAAGGGGAGCGACGGCACCGAGGUUUUCUUGGGGCUGAGAAACGAUGGGACAGAGGUUGCGAUCAAGAGGAUGUCUAAGAGUAACUAUGAAGUGCUGAAGAACGAGGAAGGAAUCCUGCGGCUGCCAGAGCUCGAUCACCCAUUAAUUGUGAGGUACAUCGACGCAGCGGAAGACCAAAACUUCGGUUAUCUCGCCCUCCAACUUUGCGAGUACACCCUGGAGGAAUACAUCAGAGACCACGUCAGCAGUCUACAGAUGAAGGAGAAACUUGUUGGUGACUUUCUCCACAGUUUAAAAGUUCUUCACUGUCAAAAUCCUCAAGUUCUUCACAGAGAUCUCAAACCGCAGAAUGUUUUGAUUGAUGUCAAAGGUAAUGCGCGGCUGGCUGACUUUGGCAUCAGCAGACGCCUGCGUAAAGAUGAAACGACUCUCCGGACGGUGAGCGCAGGAACCAAGUGCUGGAUGGCCACAGAGACAUUAGGACAAGAAUGUGAAAUCCCUUACAAGUCAAACACCGAUGUGCAGGUGGCGGGGAUGCUGAUUUAUUACAUCCUCUCAAGUGGACACCAUCCAUUUGGCAAAUCAUUUGAAUGUGAGUUCAACAUAUACAAGGGCAACUACAGUUUGGAUGAUGUUGAAGAUCUGCUGGCUAAGGAUCUCAUUGAGCAGAUGAUAGAUAAAGAUCCAGCAAAACGACCAAAUAUGGAAAAGUGUCUGAGUCAUCCUUUUUUCUGGUCAUCUAGGAUGAAACUGGAAUACUUGAAGCGCAUCGGUAAUAGGAAAGAGGCUUCAAACUGUCGGAAAGCAGACCAGGAACUGAUCGACUCCCUGGAAAGAUUUGCCGCUAACAGAUCCUUCACACAAUGGAAACAGAAGUUUCCAGAGGAUCUGGUUGGAAAAAUAGAUGGCAAAGGCAAAGCUUACCCAGAAACUGCACUUGGAUUACUGCGCUUCAUACGCAACCUCCAUGAGCACUAUGCUGAGGAUGCAGCUGACAUCGAUGUCCUGACGCUGUUUCCUGAUCUGUUCGGGUGUAUUUACAAGUUCUCCAAAGCCCAAGGAUGGAAUGAAGAAACUCCCUUAAAGCAGAUGUUUCAGAGAGAGGACUCCAGAUCUGCCUAUUUGACUCCGCCCACAAGCCCUGAGGACCAUCCAAAUGUUCCCGUUCAAGAGUCUCAGCCAGAGGACUUGAGGGACAAAAAGCUUCAGAGUUGAUUCUCUUGAGGAUUGAUUGGAAAGAAAUGUAGAACAAUGUUUACUCGCUUUGUCACAGUUUUUUCAGUGCAACUUUGCCUGUUUUUGUUUUUUUUAACACAUUGUGUUCUGAGUGCUGAUUGGCUGUUGUGACCAUUGUCGAUGUCCUCCGUGCCGUAUCUCCUUUGGCCUAAAAGUAGGAAAAAAACACUAAUCUUAAGAAGAAAAUCACUACAAAGUAGUAAAAGGAUUUGUCCGAACAACAAGUCAUUUUUACUUAACAGGAAAACUUAUAAAAUGUUAAAAUCUAGAAACUAGGAGUUUCACAUAAGCAUUCAAAAAGAGAAAAAUAAGUUUUAAAAGCUAACUGUUAAAUAGAAAUUGAAAGUUAUACAACCCAAAAAAAUUGUUUAUUUUUCACGUUUUUAUGUAUCUGAUCGUAAUUAAUUUUAAAUACAGUGACACAAAAGUGGAAAUGACUCAUUUUAGAACAAAAUGAGUCCCUGAGUACUAGCUAGUCCAUCUUAACAAAUCCUAAUAAAAUCUAAAACAAGAACUUAUAUGAACUUAGAUAAACUUUUUUGUUUCUAAAAUACAAAAUAAUGACAGUGAUUGCCAGUCUAACUUGUAAACCUUUACUGAACUUUAACAUAACAUCCUUAAACCUGAACCAAGUAUCUUAUACUUUGCAGAAUGUGUUCAGUUUUUCACAUUUACUUAAAUCUUUGGUUGCGAGUAGAUCUUUGUUUUCAUUCUGUAAUACUGGUUUAUUUUUCUGUGAAGCUUUUAAAUUGGAGACUUAACAAAGGAGAAAAUUGUGAAAAUGAUCACUGCAUACUGAGAAAAGUGUGUAGUGAGGGGUUUUGCAGUCUUUAACCAUCUAUAAUCCCUCUAAGGUUUUCAACUAUCGUUAUUUUGCGUGAUAAACGAGGGAACACUGUUUUAGGAAUUGUUUUAUUUAUCGCACUCACUGUGACGUCAAGCAAGGAUGCACAUUAAUAGUGCCUUAAAAGGUUAAUGGUAGUUAUCAGGUGUCUAUGGGAUUUCUUUGUGCCUUCGUUUGUUUUUUGUUUUUGUUUUUUUAAACUGUUAAAGUGAAUCUUCCUCCGCAAUCCUCUUUUAUUUUGGUAAAUAAAUCAGUUUACUGCAGUUUUUGCUUUUCCCCAUAAAUGAUGGUUUGUGGAAAAAGCUGUUAUGCACAGAAAGUAGCUUGUAAAAAAUGUAAAAUAUCAGGUUUUAAAACUGUUUUUAGGAAGCAAGCUUUUCUAAGAAAAAACAAAAAAUACAUCCAAUGUUUACUUCCUAAACUUUUCUUUUUUAAGAUCAAUUUCUCUUUACAAAUCAUUUAUAGUAUAUGAUGGAGAAAACUCCUGUAUGUGGUGCCUAAAGGUGCUUUAAAAUGUUAAGUUGCACUGUCACAUCAGGAAUAUUUGAGCUGAAUGUAAUGUUAGUAGAUUUUUGAAAGUAUUCAGUGCAUGAAAGCAUUUUUGUAAGGAAACUUGCACAACACAGAAAAAAAUGUCACCUAAGUUUUUUUUUUUUUUUUGCUUAAUUUUAGUUAUACCUGUUUAAAGUUUUAGAUUUUAAAAAUAUAUCACUGUUUUAAGUCACUCUUACAUUCAUCCUAGAAAGAAAUACUACAAUUGUGAGAUUUUAAAGGAAUAAAGGAAUUGUAAAAUUCAUUAACUUGUAAGGAAGAAAGCAGCACUGCAAGUUAUUACAGAGUGGAUUUUUUUGUCCUUUUUUAAUAAAGUAAAAAAAA